AUAUGGCAAUCAGCUGGUGAAAAGAGUACAGUAUGUAUGGUACCACUCUGCGGCGGCUCACUGGCACCUUGCUCACAUUUAUGCCGGACUGUUUCGGGAAGUCCUAAAAGCUAGCAGGGACUUUGUAGUUAACAUCUAAUGUAGUUUCCAGUUCUAAUUGAAAUACAUAAAACGCUGCGACCAGACACAUAACUCCGUUUUUAGGCUCAUAAUUUAGAAUCGGCCCAGAUCCUGGAGAUCGUCCUACUCAAACAAAAAUAGCUGUUUCGAACGUGAUUGACUACAAAAUAAUUACAUUUGGGCGAAAAAGGAUUGCAAUGUUCACAACUGAUGGAGGUGGUGUUAACUUCGUAAUCAGUAUUCGAGCAUCAGAGUCGAGCUAACCUCUGUGUCGGAAGAAAUAUUACUGCUGCAUAAUAAUUUUGGAUGGUACUUUAUGAAACAGCAUAGUUGCACUGUUCGGUCUUUUGAAAUUAUGAGGUUGGAAGUUUUACAUUGAAUCCCUCACUCUCGGCCGGAUGGCAGCGUCCGCUUAGAGGGGGCGGAUAAAGGAGGAGUUGGACUUCCUUAAAAGGCUUUCCUUUGAGAUCCAUAGGAAACUUCGAGUGCAGCCGUUUCAAACACGAGCUUGAAUUUCACAACAUCUCAAACUAUAAACAAAUCACAAAACCAUUUUUACUUUCUUGAUGGAGGUCCUGAGCAUGGAAGAUGAAAAUAAACAGAUGCAGGAAAGCUACGGAGAGAUGGUCGAUGUCGAAGAUAAAAGAGCAUUGGUUUGCGACGAGAGCACGACAGAAGGGGAGAAAAGCAACCUUUCAUCAGCCAGCUUCAAUGUAAUAAACUCUAUCAUAGGCUCCGGGAUCAUUGGACUACCUUAUUCAAUGAAACAAGCUGGUUUUCCUUUUGGAAUACUGCUCCUUUUUCUGGUUGCAUAUAUAACAGAUUAUUCUAUUAUCCUGUUGAUUAAAGGAGGGAACCUGUCUGGAACAACUACUUAUCAAUCUCUGGUGAACAAAGCUUUUGGUAUAACAGGUUAUUUGAUCCUUUCAUUCCUGCAGUUUGUGUAUCCUUUCAUUGCUAUGGUAAGCUACAACAUUAUAUCAGGAGAUACGUUAACAAAAGUGUUCCAGAGAAUUCCGGGAGUGGGUCCUGGAAGCAUAUUAGCUGACAGACACUUUGUAAUUAUGCUAACAACCGUUCUGCUUACUCUUCCAUUGUCCUUCUAUCGCAACAUUGCUAAUUUAGGAAAGGUGUCACUUUCCUCGCUUGUUUUAACUAUUGUCAUAUUGAUAAUAGUCAUAGUCAAAACUGCAACACUUGGACCACACAUUCCAACUACAGAAAAUGCCUGGGCAUUUGCACAGCCAAAUGCCAUGCAAGCAAUAGGAGUUAUGGUAUUUGCUUUUGUUUGUCAUCACAACAGUUUUCUAAUUUAUGGAUCGUUAGAACAGCCUACGAUAAACAAUUGGUCUCGUAUCACUCAUGUGUCAGUAUUCUUUGCCCUAUUAAUUAGUAUGACAUUUGCUGUGUGUGGAUACGUAACGUUCACAGGUUAUACGCAAGGAGACCUAUUUGAAAAUUAUUGCAAAAAUGAUGAUUGGGUUACUGCUGGAAGGUUUCUGUUUGCAAUAACCAUUAUUUUGACAUUCCCAAUUGAAUGCUUUGUUACACGUGAGGUUAUUGGAAACUUAUUUUUUGGGGGAACACUGUCAACAAUUUUUCAUGUCUUUGCAACCAUCUGCAUUGUUGCUGCAGCCACAGCUAUUUCAUUAGCCUAUGACUGCCUUGGAAUAGUUUUGGAAUUAAACGGUGUGAUUGCAGCUACUCCACUCGUUUUCAUCAUUCCAACAGCAUGCUAUCUAAAACUCUCUGAAGAGUCAUGGUAUAAUUGGGAUAGUGUUCAGUCUUGUAUUAUCCUGAUUACUGGUAUAUUGGUGAUGAUUGUAGGGUUUGUAAUGGCUGUCAUGUUUCCAAAAGAAUGCAGUCAUGGAAAGGAGAUGUUUUACUGCAUGCCUUCAAAUUCAUCUCUUUACAAUAUUACAUUCCCUCUCAAUGAAACGGUCAGUCAAUCUCCAGUGUUCAUUACCAACAUACUAUAAAAUAUGAGAGUUCUGUGCAGUGGUGCUGAUCAAUAGUUUGUUGAUUUCUGUUGCAAUAUAACAAAUAUGUUGUUAUUUUGAGUAAAUGUAAAAUUAUGUCCUCUACUUUAUGCCAAAGUUUGCAACCUGUUGAUUUAUUGUUGAAUGCUUUGGUUUAUUGUCAAUAUUUGAAACAAGAACACAUUAGUUCCCCUUUUGCAAGUGAAGCAAAUUGAAUCGGGGACGUUGAUUAAUCAGUAAAUGUUUGACCUACCAACGAAUGAUAAAGCUUUGACACAUCAAUAAAUAAAAAAUGUACUUCACUAUUAA